AUGGCUGCCGACCUCAUCAUGCCCACUUUUCCAGGGGACCAGCACUCGCGUCAUUUCUUCCCUCAGCAGCAGCGCCCUACACAUCAACGCAAUCACUCAUAUCAGAUCUCAGUUGGUCCUCAGAUCUCUCCCAUCAACACCCAGUCCAGCAGCCCCGAUUCUGCCUCUUCAAAUCCUACAUCUCCCAGAUCGCAUCAUGCACGACAGACUCGCCCUAUGUACAUGCCUGCGGCCCUGCGCCCCAACUUGUUCCCUUCCAAGACCAGCAAGAUGCCUAUCGAUGACGGUGCAUCUGCCUCCAGUACCGAGUCAGAGAACACCCUGCGACGCACCAACAGCAGCCUCAUAAAUAUCCCCGGCAUGUCUGUCUUUGGCAACAAGUUGGCGCGUGUUUCUACUGGUGACAGCGCCCAGAGCAGCAUAGACGGCGACUUUGAUCCCGAGCUGUUUCCCGAAGUCAAGUCUCAACCUACACGAAAGCACUGGAAGCCCGACUCCGAAUCUACUGUCUGCGACGACCCGACUUGCAAGCGAACUUUCAGCUACUUUACUCGCCGCCACCACUGCCGGAAGUGUGGCCACAUCUUUUGUGACUCUCAUUCGACCUUUGUCGCUCCUCUCGAUCAUGAUGCCAAAUUCAAUCCCCGUGCACCUCUUUCCCGAACAUGUCGCCAUUGUUGCGAAGAGUUCAAGAGCUGGUACACUCGAAACAGCAGCCGUGCUUCGAGCACCGCAUCUUCGGACGCUCCUUACCCCACGUCGACUCCCAUAGCUGCUGGCUUUGGAGACGGAUCUGACUUGCCCCGUGGCCCCGAACUUGCUGCCAGUGUGCCUAGAGACUGGAACUGGAGCACUUUCUAA